CUUCCAACUUUUAAUGAAGCGUGACCAUAGGAUGACUGCAACUAGAGAAACACCAUGCGAAAGUCUCUUCGGCUUCAGGCGACUCAGCCAAAAGACGCAGACGCGGAGAAUCAGUCUCAUGGCACUGAUCAUCAACUUUCAGACAAAAGCAUCGUAGUUCCUGACAGAGUCAUCACCAUAGCUGACAGCUUCAGAAACGAACACUCAUGGUUUAUCACACCUCAAAUGCCUUCGGACUUGUCAAUUCAAGUUCAGGAAACUACCUAUAAUGUUCACAAGUAUCCCUUGAUAGCAAAAUGUGCCUACAUAGGACGAUUGGAAGUUCAGCCUUCAGUCUCAAAUGCAGGAUACGAGCUCAAGCUUGAAAACUUCCCAGGUGGAUUUGAAACAUUCGAAAUAAUUAUAAAAUUCUGCUACGGCCUCCCAAUAGACUUCAACUCAAAGAAUAUAGCAGCACUGAGAUGUGCGUCAGAAUUCUUGGAGAUGACUGAAGAACUGGAAGAUGGGAAUCUCAUCUCCAAGACUGAAGCCUUCCUCACAUUUAUUGUGCUUUCUUCAUGGAAAGACACUGUCACUGUUCUGAAAUCUUGUGAAACUCUAUCACCAUGGGCAGAGAAUCUCCAAAUUGUUAGAAGAUGCUGUGAUUCCAUUGCUUGGAAGGCUUCUAAAGAUAACUCCUCAAGUACAGAGGUAACAGCAAAUCAAGAAGGCUGGUGGUUCAAUGAUGUGUCAACUCUUCGCAUUGAUCAUUUCAUGCGGAUUAUUGCAGCUAUAAGAGCAAAAGGAAUCAAACAAGAGAUAAUAGGUAAAUGCAUUAUGCACUAUGCAAAACAAUGGUUACCAGGAAUGGAUAUGGAGCUAGAAGGGCUAAGGGGGUACGGGUAUGAGAAGAAUGAAUUACAGUUCAGUAUUUAUAGUGGGAAGGAGAAAGAAAAGGCUGGACACAGCAAGGAGCAAAAGACAAUUAUUGAAAGCCUAUUGAGCAUACUUCCUCCUCAACAAGAAGCUGUGUCAUGUAAAUUCUUGUUGCAGAUGUUAAAAAUGGCUAUGAUGUAUUCUGCAUCGCCCGCUCUCACUUCAGACAUUGAAAAGAGAGUGGGGAUGAUGUUGGAAGAUGCAGACGUGAAUGAUCUUUUGAUUCCAAGAUAUCAAAAUGGAGAUCAACGGAAACUAGUAAAUGACAUGAUCAACUCAUCAGAAGAAUGCACGAUACUGGACACUGAUAUAGUGCAAAGGAUUGUGGAAUACUACUUGAUGCAUGAACAACAGGUGCAACAGCAGCACAAGUCUGGGAAAUUCAACAUCAGUAGGCUCUUAGACCAUUACCUAGCAGAAGUUGCAAGAGAUCCAAAUCUCUCAAUUACCAAGUUUCAAGUUUUGGCUGAACUGCUACCAGAAAAUGCUCGAACUUGUGAUGAUGGUCUAUACAGAGCCAUUGACACCUACCUUAAGACUCAGCCUGUAUUGCCUGAGCAUGACCGGAGAAGGCUGUGCAAAAUAAUGAACUGUGGAAAACUCUCACUUGAUGCAUGCAUGCAUGCUGCACAAAAUGAUAGAUUGCCUCUAAGAACUAUUGUACAGGUUCUAUUUUCAGAGCAAGUAAAGAUGAGAGAAGCAAUGCAAGAAAAGGAGCCAAUACCAAGUGGAAACAACUCUGAACAGGAUGUAAACCAAUCAUUUACAAAUGCAGAGAUUCAAGCACUCAAAUCAGAACUUGAGAAUGUAAAGUCCAAGAUGGCAGAACUACACGAUGAUUACUCUGAGUUGCAGAGGGAAUAUGAAAAAUUGAGUAACAGCAAGCCAAAGAAUGCAUCAGGAUGGGGUCUUAAUUGGAGAAAGAUUAAGCAGUCCUUUCAUGCAAAACUAGAUGGAGACGAAAUUGGAGAAAGACAGGAAAAACCAAAGCCACCACAUCCCAGUAGACUAAGAGCCAACUCUAGAAGAAGGCUCUCCAUGUCCUAAAGCUUUUCAUCUCAAUCCUGUAGCAAAUAUAAAAGAGAUCUUUUUUUCCUUU